GGGUCCCAUAUAGCAGCAACAUCACUGUCUCGAGACACUUCACUCAGUUCAGGAUCGUUGAGAGAAGAUGGCCCGCGUACUUGUGUUUCUGAUCGCCGUCGUGGCUGCGGCGUCUGCGCAGACGACCGGCACCGACUGUUCGAAUGCUUUGAGCAAGGCAUUUUCGCGCAUACGAGUUGGAAACUGCAACUCGAAGCACAUAGUGGAUCUUAAAACAUCGGCUAUGAAUCCGAAGUGUAAGAAUAUGGAAGUAUAUCCCGGUACCUACGAUGCGGCCAUCUGUGACAAGAUUUUGGCUGCUUUCUUUAAAUGUUCUGGCACUUCAUCUGGUCUGUUGAGACAAGACGGCAAGUUUGACACGGCUGUUUUCAACUCACAAGUGUUGGGAGGCAAAUGUAGCGCAAAUCCCAAAUAUCAAACUGCUUACAUCAAGUGCGAAGCUGAUACGAUGAAAAAUUUCAACUACAUCCGGCUCGUUGCGUGCCUCCAAGCUGCUAUGAAGUAGAUCCCCGCGUAGCCAUCAGGGGCGCGGCGACUCACGACGCUCCUGCUCCUUCGGGAUCAGAAAAUUUCACGGGAAGAUCAUUGGUGCAUCACACAAUUGGAUAUUUUCUAAACUGGUUCAAAAAAGAACCAAAUAAAGUGGUUUAAUCUAAUAAACUGUUUCAAACCGGUUUAUUUUGUUGUAUUGUUUCAAGUUAUUAUAUUGAAAUUUUGUGAACUUAAUAAAGCAGAUUCAUUA